CCAGCCAGCCAGCCAGCCAGCCAGCCAGGCGUACCGCGUACGAUCCAUUUGGGGGUGACAUUUGGCCAGAAGCAGGCGACCGAGAUACCGUCCAGCAACGUCAGUCUGCAUCGAAAGCCAUGUCGACGACCGGGUCGUGAUUGAUGGUUUUCUCCAACGCAGACGCCUUCACCUCUGACCAGCUUCCCACUGGCAUCGUCCUUGAUUUAUCCAUUCCUCCCUGCAUCUGCGUAGAAUAUCUCGAUAUUACAUCACCACCUGAUCACGCUCGAGAGAACCAAGUUCGGCCUGUGCCACGACUCUCGCUCCAGCUCUGCUGACGAUACCAACCAAGCCCUUCCUGCGAUCUCAUCCUUACCCACACAUUCACGCAACAACGACCACAUAUCGUAACCAGCGCAGCCGUACAAGCCAGCUCCAGUCCCUUGCAUCACGCCAGCAACGAACGGCGCUGCUCGUCUGCCUACCAGUCUUCCGAGGUAGCCAGGCCUGCUCAUCCACGUCCAGACACCCUUGUCGCCGAACACCGCCAAACUGUCUUCCCAAAUUCUCCUCCCGCGCACCGUCCAGUACGACGAGGGCACUCAUCCUCCCCGCCGAGGAAGUGUCUCGUACCGGGCUCGCCAAAUGGCCUCGGACGCCAAGAGCAACCGCCGGCGGAGGUCUAGCAGCAUCCUCCAGGUCUACCAUGAGCCGCAAGAGCCGCAAGAGCAGCUCAGCGACCAGUCGUCGCUGCCCAACCUGAACGCGAACUGGGUCAAUGCAAAGGGAGCGUGGGGAAUCCAUAUCGUCCUCAUCAUUGCGCUCAAGAUUCUCUACGAUGUGAUUCCCGGUGUGUCGCAGGAGACGUCAUGGACGCUGACCAACAUAUCCUACAUGUUUGGUUCCUACAUCAUGUUCCACUACGUCAGGGGUGUUCCGUUUGAGUUCAACUCGGGCGCCUACGACAACCUUAACAUGUGGGAACAGAUUGAUGAUGGCGCCCAAUACACCCCGUCCAAGAAGUUUCUGACAAGCGUCCCCAUCGUGCUCUUCCUCCUCAGCACGCACUACACUCACUACGACCUUACGUACUUUACCAUAAACUUUCUUGCGGUUUUGGGAGUCGUCAUCCCCAAGCUGCCAUUUAGUCACCGUAUGCGGGUUGGUCUCUUCUCGGGGCCGCCCGAGGAAUAGAGCGGGACACCUAGUGGGGGUUUCUCGACUGCAGCGACCGGCUAGUGUUUUUCCCGGCUUCAUGGAGGGCAAUAUGUGCUUCUUUCUACACGUUUCGGCCCUGGGCUUAUUUGGGCGACCCCUGUGGACAGAUGGGGGGGUUGGUUACAUGGAGGGUAAGGAGACCGCAGCACUGCCAUUUCGGGACGGUUAAUCAACGGCCGAGACUGCGCAUUAGCGAAAGCCAUAACAGACUGUAGGUAGUCAAUGACAGCAGCGACUGACUGUAUGUAUGAUUUUUAAUGAGAGCUCGGCCGGCGCGGAUUCGGCCAGCCUCGAGCAAAACCCAAUAUCAAAAGCCAAAUCAGGUUCUUUGAACUGGAUCUCUCGCCUUUUCCGAG